AUGGAGAGUAAGCGGAGUCCAUUGAAGCAGAGCCGGAUUGAAAACAUUGCCAUUAAGAGCACCUCUAUCUCAUCGAACAAGUUGAUGAUGACUAAGCCUACCAUGAAGAAACCCUACACUUCUGAACCGAAGGGACCGGUGGAUACUGUGACACAGCCGACACAGCCAUCUAGCUAUAAUCCAAGGACGGAUCCGAUUGAACAAGACUUGAUUGAACAAGGUAUACUCUGUAGAUUGAUUGGACGAACUGUUGAUGAAUCAUUUCAAAUUGAUGUGAAAUUCAAAGACGCCCAAAGGAAAAGCGUUUUAGAUGAUGGAGUUGAGAAUAUUCAACAAGAAUGGACGUUUGGACGGAAUGGGAACACCUGUUGCUAUCAACUUCCUGUUCAUAGCACGAGAAUCAGUAACAAACAUUUCCGGUUGUGGAUGAAUUUGGAUUCCAAGAAUACCUCUGCAGGGAAGUAUACAAAGGAUAACAACAUAAUGAUCCAAGAUCUAUCUACUAAUGGUACAUGGCUUAAUAAUUCAAAACUGGCCCCUAAACAGAAUUUUAUCUUGACACAAGGUGAUGAAAUAGCUGUUGGAAUAGGCGUUGAACAAGAUGUAAUUAGAUUUAUUGUGCAUUUCCCCAACCCAUCAAUUCAAGGUGAAGAACAAGACGCUACUCAUACUGAUUAUGAGGAAGAAGCUGGAAUAAACAAAGAUUUUAUCAUAAGGGAUGAGAUUGUCGGAUCUGGUGCAUUUGCAACUGUUAAGAAGGCCAUUGAAAGAUCAACCGGGAUUACAUUUGCAGCCAAAAUUAUAUCGAAGAAGAAGGCUCUAGGUGGCUUAGACGGGGUUGCCCGUGAAUUGCAAAUAUUGAAGAAAUUAAACCACCCAGGCAUUGUACGUUUAAAGGCAUCAUAUGAGGAUGAUGAUAACUACUAUCUGGUUAUGGAAUUUAUUUCAGGGGGGGAUCUUAUGGAUUUUGUUGCAUGUAAUGGAGCAAUUGAUGAAAGCGCAAGCAAAGAAAUAGCAAGACAAAUCUUAGAAGCUAUUAAAUAUGUUCAUAGUAAAGGGAUAUCGCAUCGUGAUUUAAAACCGGAUAAUAUAAUGAUAGCCCAAGAUGAUCCAGUAAUUGUUAAAAUUACAGAUUUUGGACUAGCAAAAUCUCAGGAAAACGAGAGUAGGAUGAAGACCUUCUGUGGUACCCUAGCUUACCUUGCACCUGAAGUCAUUACCAACAAGAAAAACCAGCUGAAGAAUAAGAAACGAUAUUUAGGCAAUGGGAGAAUAACCGAGGACUUAUACUCAAAUAAAGUAGAUAUGUGGUCAAUAGGCUGUUUGUUGUUUGUCAUCAUGACUGCACACUUGCCCUUUAGUGGAUCAACCCAAGACAUGUUAUUUAAGCACAUAACAAAUGGUGAUUACCACAGUAAGUUACUUGAAACCAUGAACAUAUCAAUAGAAGGACGUGAUUUUAUCCAUCGCUUAUUAGAAGUUGAUGUCACGUUGCGCUUGAAUGCAAACGACGCCUUGAAGCAUCCAUGGUUCAAAGACAAUUUAGAAUAUCCAUCGCAAGUCAGUCUAUCACAACAUCUAUCACAAUCACAGAAAAUCAUCAAAUCCCAACCAAAACCUCCAACCCAAGCACCUCAAAUAUUGUCAAGAAUUUCAAGCUCAGAAGAAGGGGUAGAUAAUAUGGAAAAUAGUCGGGAUUUCAAAAUUCCCGUUAUACCAUCACAGAGGAACAAUGAUAUACCAGCUUUGCCAUUGGAUAUUUCAUCCAGUGAAACUGAAAACCAUGGUGAGCUUACACGGGUUGUUGACCCGAUACCAUCUGAAGAGAGAACAUCAAGAACAACAUACCUGGGUGAACCGUUCAACCCUAUACCAAAAGCCACAUUUAUAAUGUUGAAACCAUUAACGAAGCUAAGUGGUAAGGAGACACCAAUUAUGUAUAUACCUCAGGGUAUACCUACAUUUUAUAUUGGGCGACUGAAUAAUUUAAAUGUUGUCAUGAGUGACGAAAGAAUAUCCAAGAUCCAUUGUGUUAUAUUGAAGAGAAGACACCCGACAAAUGAUAGUGAUGCGACCGGCGAUAAUUCACCAUUAAAUAUAAAUGAAGAGACAAAUCCUAACAUUUUUUCAUCACCCGCAAUGGGGCUGGACGAUGUCUGGUUGUUGGAUUUUAGCACUAAUACAUGUUAUUUGAACAAUCUGAAGAUUGGAAAAGGUAAGAAGAUUAAACUCAGAGACCAAGAUAUUAUAUCUCUGUUCAUCGACAAGAAGAAUGGGGUGAAAUUAAAUUACCAAGUCAAUUUUAUCGAUACCACUGGCUUAUUCAUUGAAGAUGCGAAUCUUGAGCGCAUUAGAGUUCCCAUCGAUGAAAAUGAUCGCAGAAUGUUUGAAACUAAGUUGAAGGAGGGAAUGAAACCAAUAAUGGAUAGAUCUACUAAGAAACGUCAGCAAGUGAAGUCUAUCGGUGACUUCCCCAAUAAAAGACGUGCUUAG